GGGCGCCCGGCCUGGGAGCUCGGGGAAUGUCCCGGGAGGAGCUGGCCGAGGCGCUGUGUGCUCCACCCGUGACGGCUGUGUGCAGGGCCUGGGAGGCUCGCCUCGCACCGAGAUGGCCGGGCAGUCGGACGAGGCUGUGAAGUACUACACCCUGGAGGAGAUCCAGAAGCACAAGGACAGCAAAAGCACCUGGGUGAUCCUGCACCACAAGGUGUACGAUUUGACGAAGUUUCUGGAAGAGCAUCCUGGUGGCGAAGAAGUCUUAAGAGAACAAGCUGGGGGCGAUGCCACGGAGAACUUCGAGGACGUCGGGCACUCUACCGAUGCCAGAGAACUGUCCAAGACAUACAUCAUUGGGGAGCUCCAUCCAGAUGACAGAUCAAAGUUAGCCAAGCCUUCGGAAUCUCUUAUUACUACUGUUGAGUCUACUUCCAGUUGGUGGACCAACUGGGUGAUCCCAGCCAUCUCGGCCCUGGCUGUAGCGCUGAUGUAUCACUUCUACAUGGCAGAGGACUGAACGACUCUCAGAAGCUGUGGAAGGAAAAGGCUGCUUUGAACAAGGGAGAAAAGAAGCCAGUGUUAAUUACUUCGACUGACAGAAACCUUCGCCUGAAAAAUAAUUUUAAAUAUGUCUGUUUCUCUUUCUUCCUACGUUAGAAACAAAAAGAACUGGUCUUCCUACUCUUAAACUUUUCAAAUGUGCCUUUUUAUCCAUCAACUUUGUUUUGAUGUUUCUCACUGCGUAAUUUACUUAUUGUAAGCAUGAUCUAAUAAAAAUAUAUCUGGCUUUUAAAAUACA